CGAGGUUCAAAAUGGCGGACAGCUGAAAAAUUUUCCGAGGAAAGAUUUUCAAUUAAGUUGGAAGUUUCUGUGUUGUUUACCUCGAAUCUUGAACUCAUUCUACAUAUCAUGGUUAUUCAAGAACCAGUGCAGGCUGCAAUAUGGCAGUGUUUAAAUCAUUACGCAUACUCUGAUGCAAUCUUCUUAGCAGAACGACUCUAUGCAGAAGUGGGAUCUGAUGAGGCACUGUUCCUUCUUGCCACAUGCUACUACCGUGCCGGCAAGAGCAACAGGGCUUACUCGCUGCUGCAGAUGAAAGGAUGCCCUACCCCACAGUGCCGUUACCUCAUGGCACGAUGUUGCCUUGAUCUAGACAAGCUGGCAGAGGGAGAAGCAGCCCUGGUGGGCAAUGCCGUACUCAAGCCCCACUCCUGCGAGGAGAUUAAGACAGAGUUUGCUGACUCGGCCUCCUUUGCACUGGCACUCCUGGCAAGAAUAUGCAGUAAAACAGAGAGGAAGGCACGGUCAUCAGAGUCACUCAGGCAAAGUCUCAAAUUGAACCCGUUCCUCUGGUCAUCCUUUGCAGACCUCUGCAAUCUCGGCGAGAAGCCAGACCCCAGCAAAGUUUUCCAGAUGGCGCCGGACCCUGAUGUAGCCACAACACAGCAAGACCUGUAUCCCAUCAUCGAUACCGAGAACAUGUCAGUCAACCACCAGCAAACUCCCACCUUGGACUCACCCUUGACGGUAGAAACGCCACAGGUGAGCUCAGUGCAGAAGGCAACAGGCAACAGAAAGGACAACUCUAACAUCACCUUACAGCUCUCGGGCAUCAAGCCACUCUCCAACUUCUUCACGCCAGACCAGCAGCAAGGCGACCUCUAUCACACGCCGGCAGAGGCAGGUCUGGCGCUCCUGCUACCCCCAGCGGCUCCUGCCACUGCCAUCAGCUCUUCGCGGUUGCAGAGGACUAGGCCGCGAGUGGGCCGGAACCUCCUGGGAGGUCCUGUCUCUGCUAGCCCGCUCACGCCCAGUUUUGGAGUGCUGCCUGUUGACACACCAAGCCCUGCAGAGACCAUGACCACAACGUACAUCACGCCGUCCCCUACUGUGUUGGACAGUCAGGCAGUCGAUAUCAGGGCACCACAGAAGAGGGGUAUAUCAAGAAGGUCACAGGUGACAAAGCCAGCUGUGUUCAGCCAAUCAGGGAAUUCAAGUAACACCAACACCAAAGACCCCAGCCAGAUGCUCCUCAACCAGACACCCAGCCCUCAGCCAAGUGCGGCUCAAGUCUUGUUCCCAUCCUCCCAGGGAGUGCGGAGAAGCUCUAGACUAUUCUCCAACAAUUCAGUCAAGGAAAAUGCUACCAAGAAAACAACCACCAGGAGUAAGAUUGGUCCCUCCCGUUGUCCCAAGGGCAAGACGAAAGGCAAAAGCAGCCGGACGUCCACCGUCACGCAACCCCCAGACUCAGAGGACCUGAUCAAACCAGACAACUACCGGACGUUAGAGUCCAGGGCGGCCUACGCCGCUGUCUCACAGCAGCAACAGCUGAUGAGCUUCCAGAAAGCCUCCACUGAGGGCCUGCUAGCACUCCUCCGAGAGAUCGGCAAGGCUUACCUGGCUCUGAGUCAGUACGACUGCCGCAAGGCCAUCGCCUACUUCUCCAGCCUACCACCACAGCACUACAAUACGGGCUGGGUCCUGUCCCAAGUUGGCCGGGCAUGGUACGAGCUGGCAGAGUACCAGAAGGCAGAGAGGCUAUUCUCGGAGGUGCGGAGACUAGAGCCCUAUCACCUAGAAGGCACGGAGUACUACUCCACGGCACUCUGGCAUCUUCACAAGGAGGUGGCACUCUCCAUGCUGGCCCAGGAACUCAGCAAUUUUGAGCAGGAGUCGCCAGAGGCCUGGUGUGCAACAGGUAACUGCUUCAGUCUACAAAAAGAGCAUGACUUGGCCAUCAAGUUCUUCCAGCGAGCAGUGCAGGUGGACCCCCAAUUUGCCUACGCCUACACAUUACUGGGACACGAGUAUGUGGCAACAGAGGAACUGGACAAAGCCAUGUCAUGCUACCGCACAGCCAUCAGGAUUAACACAAAGCACUACAAUGCAUGGUACGGUGUUGGCAUGAUUUACUACAAGCAGGAGAAGUUUGCCCUGGCCGAGAUGCACUACCGCAAAGCCCUGGCCAUCAAUCCGCAGAGCUCUGUCCUGCUGUGUCACAUAGGAGUGGUGCAGCAUGCUCAGCACAAAUCGCAGCAAGCCUUGCAGACCUUGAACCGGGCCAUCACCAUGGACCCCAACAACCCCCUGUGCAAGUUCCACCGGGCCUCCAUCUACUUUGCCACGGAGCGCUACCAGGAGGCCCUGCAGGAGCUGGAGGAGCUCAAGCAGAUCAUUCCUAAGGAGUCGCUGGUCUACUUCAUCAUGGGCAAGGUAUAUAAGAAAUGUGGGCAGACCCACCUAGCUUUGGCCAACUUUUCCUGGGCGGUGGACCUAGACCCCAAGGGGGCUAACAACCAGAUUAAGGAGGCUUUGGACAAGAGGUACCUGCCCGAUGACGAUGACCCAGCAGCUGAAGCCCUGGCUGAUCCUGGGCCCAGUAAUGCUGACACUGGGGAUAGUGACACAGUGGGCGAGGGCGACGUGGCACAAGAGGGCACCGUUGAAGCUGAAGACAUGCAGCUACAAGCCAAUGAGAGUGACGAGAGCUUAUGAUCUCUGUGAAGCACCGACUGUGACUUCCGUUAAUUGAGACAGUACCACCAAAAAUCUAACGAAAUGUCAAGUCCGGCAUUUUGGGCGGUUAUUGUUGCAUAAGCCGUAUUGGUUCCUCAAUAGAGUUAAGGCUCCAAUUGGAUGUGGAUCCCACAGCUGACACCAAAUAUGAACCUACAACUUAUGGGUGGGGGAGACUUGGCGUAAUGUUAGCUAAUUUUUCAAAGCAUGCCAAGUUUGUUACCAGUCGACUCAAAAUUUAUACUGUGAUAUUUACCAGGUGAUACAGUGUGUGUAGCUCAAAAAUUGUGCUUAUAGUUACAGGAACUAGACUACUUAAGUGUUCAAGGGGAUAUUUUCCUGGCUUGAAAUGGCUGAACUCUUGUGUCUUCAUGUUUUUCCCCUGGCCUUUCUCGGGUCCAUUAUUACUGAAUCAUAAUCAAGUGAUUUCCUUGUUACCUUUGUGCCGUGAAAUUUUCUCAGUGGAUGUCCAGUGCAGUAAUGAUAAAGUUGCAAGACAUGCUGGCUGCUUGUUGAUGGUGAUGGGACAUCAGUUGAUCAGUUUGUGCAAAGAUGCAAUAUAGCCAGCCGUGUUCAAUUCCUCCAUACUUCGUAGUCCCGCCGCUUCAUUGUUCCACUUCUCUUUCUAAUUCCCUUGGAACCGCAGUGAGGUGUGCUGUAAUACUGUUGGUCUUUUACAAGUAGCAGGCAGUGGAUACAGAGGUUUCGCAUUGCUGGCAUCUCCGUUGUGUCUCAGAGGCGGUUUUUGUUAUUUUAAUUUAGUUACGAGUCCACAAGAGGUUUACUUGAGCCUGUUCGAGUGAUACAGAGCUCUUGCCCUGUGAGGACACGUCAGGGCAUAGCAGAUACAAAAUAUGCUUCAAAACUCACUACAUGUCACUCGUUCUUAGGCGGUCAGCAGCUCUCUUCUUAAAUGUGUUGGAAAAACCACCACCAGAAGAUCCAGGGAAAAAAUUCAUUUUCCUUUCAGUCCUCCCUCUCUGACAAAUCCUAUGAAAUACAAACCAGUUCCCUUGAACAAAUCAAACCGCAUAUACAGUAAUAGGAGGAAGGAGGGACGUGAUGUCAUACCACCCAUAAUUGCAGCCUGGAAAUGGCCAUCAAUCCCGGACUCUUGGCCUGCCUUACUGUAUCAUCUAAAUAUUGAAAGUUCUGAAGGUUGAAUACAUGUGCCGUUUUAAAAAAAUUUGUAGAGUUUUUUAUCGGAACACCUUCCAAUAUCUGUGCAGAAGGAGAAGCUUAUCGUGACAUCGAGGCAUCACCUUGGGUUUUAUCACCCACCAUCAGGUUUAAGAGUAUGCACUCAACAUAUCCUGGCAGUACAACUUUCAUCCUUUGGGGUGAAAGCCAGCAGAGGAAGAACUUCAGCUGUUCUAGGAGUUGAUUCUAGGAGUUGAUUUUUGUAAAAUUCCUUGCAGAGUCGUGAUAGCUACCCAGUGAUUGAGAAUAUGUCAAUAUUCAUGCAAUACCAGCAACUACCGCUGUCUGGGUUUUUUUUAUAUUUUCACUGUGUUUCUUUCUAGAAGUUACUAUAUUUUUGGCUUGCAUUCUGCUUUUCACCUGCCUUCAAAAAGAAAAAACCUUAUCUGAUGUGUUGUUGGCAAAUGUAAAAGAAAAUAGCUUAAUGACAAUAUUUUUAUACAGUAUAUUCUCUGUACUAAUUACAAGUAUGCAUAUUCUGUUGUGCCCUAAACAGUUCUUAAGAUGAAUGUAAUAGUUCUAAACUAUGCUAUAAUUCCUCUGCUAUGACAUGAGAGCUGACAUUGUCCACUAUUUUGGGAGCAAAUCAUUCGGUGUUUUUUUUGGUUUGUUUUUUUAACGACUGGCUAUUUUACUACAUGUUGCAAACCAAAGUGCAAGUUGCUGACUGAAUCAGCAUUGAGCCAUACUUUUGCUGUGAUGUCUAAAAUGCUAGGUAGCUGACAGAAAUUUGUCUCUCCGAAUGGUCUGCCCAUACUCAGCCGCAGAUAGAGCCAGAUGACUCACUUUUCAGAGUUGUCGUCGAUUUGACAGAAUUAGUCUAAAUUCUCAGUGUCUGUGUUGUGUAGGGGGAGACGUUUUAGAGCCACUGAAGUAGGCUAGGUCUUACACUGCAUGAUUAUACUGUCUUCGGGCAGAAAAUCUGUCACGUGUGGGUUAACCAUCAUGGGUCUUGCUUUCAAAAGUAAAAAAGAAGAAAAAUUAAGAUGCUAAAUAACUUUUUCUGUAAAUUUUGUGUAGCAAUUGUCAUGGUAGAUUUUCUCUCUCUCUUGUGGGACGCAGGGAAAGUUUUGGUUAUUUAGGGACGCUUAAUGAGAACUACUGUAUCGGUGUAAUGUUAGGAAAUUUCUCAUGUGGUCAACAGUGUGCCAUUCGGUGCGUGCAUGAGACAUGUACGACAAACUGAUUUGAAAUUACUUGCAAGUAUGCUGCCCCUGUGUACAUGUAUAUUCAAUGAUAAUAAAAGUAUUGUAUGAAAUAUUGAUGGACUGUGACCGUCUGUUAAUGGCCAUAUUUAGAGGGUUGGGGUUUAAGAUUUCUUUUGAGCUGAUGUAAUAUUUUGCUUUGCCAGUGGUAAAAGUACAGUCUUUGUUUUUAGUAACAUUAGUUAUUGUGGUAAGUUAGAGCUUGACUUGAAAACUGAAAACAAUAAUGGGAAAAAUACCUGAAUGUGGCUUUACGAAAGCAGAUUAUCAAAUUUAUUCUUCUCAAAAUGUAGUCGAUUAACAUUCAGUGACAUAAAAAUGUACACAUUUGAGUAAGUGUGACUAUCCAGUGAAAUCACCAAUUUCAAAUCACUAUGAAAUUCAUUUCAGUAUUAAACAUCUUGAAAACUAA